GUGGGCCAAAUUUGGCUCAUGGGCCAACCAGUUGGGGAAUCUUGAUUUAGGAUAAUGUUUUACAGCUUUGUCAUAAUUUGAUAAGGCCACACAGGGCCAGAGAUAAUUAGACACAUGUAAUAAUCUGAAGUACCCCAAAAGGCCACUAGAUGUCAUCUUGUAAUAUUCACCCAAAAACUUGAAAGUCACCAAAAUGCUGGUAGUUCACUGGUAAACUUAGAAAGUUUACAGUAAUAUACCCUCCCUUUGCAACCCUACUCCCUCUUGAAGCUACUCCAGUCAAUGCUAAGGCCAUUGAAAAGAGAUGGCUUCAUCAGAGCCUGGCCCUUUACUGUGUGUGACCCAGACUUCCCCCUCUAACCCCAGGCUGAUGGUGUCUGGCUCGUCUGCCCUGCCUCAGCCCACCCUGCUACGCUGGGAGGAGAUCACAGGACACACCCUGUUGGAGCGCUACGGCAUGACAGAGAUAGGCAUGGCCCUGUCCAACCCCCUGGAGGGUCCUCGCAUCCCAGGUGCAGUCGGUGUCCCUCUUCCAGGAGUGGAGGUUUGCAUCGUCAUGACGAAAGCAGCCAGCACCACCGUCGCCGAGGGCAACAGCAGAGAAACUCAGGUGCGUUGGAGGGGGAGCUGAUGGUGCGGGGAGACCAGGUCUUCACAGAGUACUGGAACCAGAGGCCACCAGGGAGUCUUUCACUGAGGACGGCUGGUUCAAAACAGGUAUCCCUUGUUUGCAUGGUGUCCUGCAGGGGACACAGUGGUCUAUACGGAUGGAGUGUACUGGGUCAUGGACCGCACCUCUGUGGACAGCAUAAAGAGUGGAGGCUAUAGGAUCAGUGGUCUGGAGGUGCAGCGACCACUGCUAGCCCACCCUGAUACCACAGGUAAACACCCCCUCACUGACUCCUUCAUGGUGCUUUUCCACUGCAGGGACUUACACUGGCGCUUGGCCUAAAGACGCAGACAUUUGUGUUUCCAUGGCUGGCACCAUUAAGAUUAGCACCAUUUUUUUUUUAGAUUGGUUGGAUUUAAACAACAUUAAUCAUUUGACUCGUUGACAUAUUACAGUAGCUUUAAGGGUGUUGUCGAUGUGUGGUGACCCCUGACCUCUCAGAUGUGGCUGUGAUUGGUGCUCGGGACGCCACCUGGGGACAGAAGGUGACAGCGGUGGUGCGGAGCAUGACCCUGUCAGAGCUGAAGACCUGGGGCAGGUUACAGGCAAAACAAAGGACAUUAUUGUCACACUAGUUUUAUAGCGCCAUGAAGCAGCAUUAGUAAAAUAUAAAUAUAUAUAUAUAUAUAAACAUUAAAACUCCCAAUAAAUGUUGAGGUAUCACUCCAUACAGGUGCUUAUAAAUCAUAGAUCUACUGUAGAUUGGUUGGUAUGUCUGCUAGCUUGCUGUGCUUUGUCAUGCUGCUCCAUUCCAUCAACCAUUUGGUGUUCAUGGUUCUGUGGCUUUACUAUUUGGGAACAUGCGAAAACCUUAAAUUAUGUGUUUUUGAAAAUAGAAUUUUGUCCACUGCAUUUAUUGAAUUAGAGGAAGACUUCACUGCUCAGUCCCCCGGGGAGUCAUCCAGACCUGUUUAUAGUAACUGCUGCUGAAGCCUCAAAAUCAAUAGCAACCUAACUACUGAGAGAGAGAGAGAGAGAGAGAGAGAGAGAGAGAGAGAGAGAGAGAGAGAGAGAGAGAGGGAACUCUCAUUUAACUGAAGGGGCCAAGGAACAAUGUGGACUGAUGAAGGGAGCUGAGGAAAGAAUAGAGAGAGAGGGAGGAGAAGAAAGAAGGGAUGAUGAUGGAGGUCUGUCAGGCAGGCAAGCCGUUGCUGUUUUCGGUCUUGGCUUCUUUUUUGUUCUAAAUGUCACUAUGGUUUUAUUUUGCCCCCCAACACUGGCAGAAGACACAUGUCCCUUUCUGUGGAAUGGCUCAGGCAAUCUCUCUCCCUCCUUGUGCCCCCCCCCUCUCUUACUUGCUGUCUGUAUUCUUUCUUUCUGUCUCCCUCUGUCUAUCUCCCUCCAUCUGUCUUUGUCUUUCUCUCUAUCACUCUCUGCCCACCCCAUUUGUGUGUUUGUGCGUGUCUGUUUGUGCUGCGGGCUCCAUAUGGUGUGGGGGUGUGCCGGCCCUACUGCUGUGCCCUGCUGGUCCUGCAUGGUGGAUUAGCAGCGCUGCCUGUCUGCCAAUGACCCUGUCACCUCCCACCCACAGGUGCUGCCUGCGGACGGGCAAGCACAGGGCCAAGGCAGGGCCAGCCAGGGUGAAGGAGAUGGAGAGGAUGAACAGAAAGGGAGGUGGAGAAGGAGGGGGGGGCAUGGAUGCUCACUCCUCAGUGCCCCGGCUUCAGCUGUCACCCUGUAUCUGUGUCAAGCGCUGUGUUCCUCACUAGCUAUUGCAGACACACACAAACACUAACAUACACACACAUACAUACAUACAUACAUACAUGCAUACAUACAUACACACACAACAGGCAGAGCCUCUGAGACAUGGGUGUGUGAACAAGCCCCAUUAGAGAGAGAGACACACACACACACACACACACACACACAGUUGUCUGACACAGCCAUGCAGCCACAUGUAUAGAGAGAAAUGCAGAGAGAGAGAGAGACAGACCCAUCUGCUGCGAGGGACAGAAGUACGCUCUGCUACAAUAUGAUUUGUUGAUUUACUAUUCUCUGUCUAUCGCCACAACACAGCCAUUAGAUAAUAAAAAACGCUGCAGGCUUCACGACUCGACAUAACAACCAUGCAUUCAAAAUGGCAGACAUUUAAUUAGCUCAGCCUUGUGUUUUUGCCUUGACUAUUUGUUUUUACUUCAUGCUGAUUGUAUUGUUUUGUAUUAACCAAAUAGGAAAUGUCUUGAAGCAGUCUGGGGGAUAUUACCGAGGGAGAGAGACGCUCUAGUGCAUAUGAAGGACGUUGUCUUAUCUCUCAAACUGACUGCAACACCAGGGGCUCAGCCUUUGUUCCACUGUAAUUGUUAUUGUGUGUACGCUCAAGUAGUGUCUCGUGGCUUUGUGCCUGUGUGUGUGUGCGUGCCUGUGUGGGCGUGCCUGUGUGGGCGUGCCUGUGUGUGCGUGCCUGUGUGUGUGUGCGUGCCUGUGUGUGCGUGCCUGUG